AUGCAGCGGUCCAGAGCGGAGGUGGCGACGGAUGAAGCGGGGGCGGGAGAGGGCUUGAGGCAGAGCUGGCGGAGCUGGUCUCUGUGGAGAGCCUGGGAGCAGUGGUGGGAGGGCCCGAACGGCGGCCGGCGGCGCUGGACCACCUGGUGUUCUUCGUCCUGCUGGUGGGUGCCCUUGCAGCGGGGCCUGUGGCUGCUUGAAUCCGGGCUCUACCUGCUGCUGUCCCUGGGUUUGUGCCAUGCUCUCUUCACCACGGGUUGCCACCUGCUGCGUUCUCUCUGGCCCGUAGUGGCCGCUGUGUGGAAGCAUCUUCUGCCUGCCCUGCUGCUCAUGGCCUUGAGUGCGUUGCCGGCCCUGCUUUUUGCCGCCUCCUUUCUUCUGCUCCUCUCUACCUUGCUCAGCCUGCUGGGGCUACUGACUGGAAUGACCCGGCCUGGACCUGUCAUCAGCCUCAAUUCUGGCCUCGACCCCGGUCCCAGGCCCAUCUAA